GGCGAGUGGCGAGUGUCAGGGGGGCGGCCGGCGGGGGCGGGGCGGCCGGAGGAGGCGUUGGCAGCGGGCUCGGACCCACGCGGCGCCGCGGCCCGCCUGGCCUGCAGCGCUCCCACCCCCGGCGGCGGCGGCACGAUGCCCUUUGACUUCAGGAGGUUUGACAUCUACAGGAAGGUGCCCAAGGACCUUACGCAGCCAACGUACACCGGGGCCAUUAUCUCCAUCUGCUGCUGCCUCUUCAUCCUCUUCCUCUUCCUCUCGGAGCUCACUGGAUUUAUAACGACAGAAGUUGUGAAUGAGCUCUAUGUCGAUGACCCAGACAAGGACAGCGGUGGCAAGAUCGACGUCAGUCUGAACAUCAGUUUACCCAAUCUGCACUGCGAGUUGGUCGGGCUUGACAUUCAGGAUGAGAUGGGCAGGCACGAAGUGGGCCACAUUGACAACUCCAUGAAGAUCCCGCUGAACAAUGGGGCAGGCUGCCGCUUCGAGGGGCAGUUCAGCAUCAACAAGGUCCCCGGCAACUUCCACGUGUCCACACACAGUGCCACAGCCCAGCCACAGAACCCAGACAUGACGCAUGUCAUCCACAAGCUCUCCUUUGGGGACACGCUACAGGUCCAGAACAUCCAUGGAGCUUUCAAUGCUCUCGGGGGAGCAGACAGACUCACCUCCAACCCCCUGGCCUCCCACGACUACAUCCUGAAGAUUGUGCCCACGGUUUAUGAGGACAAGAGUGGCAAGCAGCGGUACUCCUACCAGUACACGGUCGCCAACAAGGAAUACGUCGCCUACAGCCACACGGGCCGCAUCAUCCCUGCAAUCUGGUUCCGCUACGACCUCAGCCCCAUCACGGUCAAGUACACAGAGAGACGGCAGCCGCUGUACAGAUUCAUCACCACGGUGACGGACUCCCCAGUGAGCCGCUGACCUUCUGAGAGCAGGAGGCUCCAAGAAGCCACGGGGAAGACCCUUCCUUCGUCAGAGACCCAAUGCCUCUAUGACUCCUCCUUCUCUUCCUGUCCUUGGCCACCAGCCUGUCCUCCAUCUCUGCCCCAUCCACCUCUGCUCAAGCGUGGGCUGGCAAAGCCCUGGGCUUAUGGGCCACACUGCUGCAGGGAACCUCCUGACAUCAUUAGCCUGGUGGUUCUUCUGAAGGCCCCAUGCCACCACCUUGGUUGCCAUGGUAACCGUGGGGUCGGCUCUGAAGGAGCCAGCCGGCCGGCUGUCCCUGGCAGAUGGCGUCAUUGUGGAGCUUCAAAGGCCCUUGUCACAGGGCAGCAGAUGUGGGGAUGACGCCAGCACUCAGAAACACACAUACACACACGGCACAAAGAUCCCUGGGAGCCCUCGGAGGGUGGGGUGGGGCCGGGAUGGAAGUGGAGGCACCUGCUGUGGCUUCUCUUUCUCUCUUUUUAAAAUAAAACACUUGCGUGCAAAGUGCCUAAAUGGCAAAUGGGGGCCUCUGCAAAUAGCUCCUUAGAGGGGCUGCAGAUGAAGAGGGGCUUAGGUCAGGAUGUCGUCAUGUGGCGGCUGCGGGGCUGGGAGGCAGCUGUGGGUGGGCUGGAGGGAGGGAGGGUAGAGGCAGGUGGGGCCUCCCAGAUGCAUUGCCAAGUGUUAAGUACCUGGCUGCUUCCAGGUUGCCCCUCCAGGGUCUCAUUGUCCCAAAAGGGCUUGUUUAUCCCCAGCCUACAAGUUUUUCCUCCUGGACAUCUUUAGCCAGGCUUCUUGGAGCUCCUCUCUCUCAGCACGUGGGGCACCUUGCUCAGAGUGAUGCUCUGUGCUGUAUCAGAACAUUCCAGUGCCAAGGGAAUAAACAGAUUGUGUGUGACGACAUGCAAGUAAUCCCCUCCAAAGUGCUCCCCUCCUACACACACAUUUGUCCCCUGCCACUUGCUGUGGCUCCCUUUUUGAGAUUGAGAUUGCCUUCAAGUGGGUUGUGGUGACAGACUGGAUGGCUUCAGAGGUGUCAGAUCUCUUUCCUUGCAUGGUUUAUUUUAUUUUGGAGGAACAGCCAGAAGUCACAAAGUGCCAGCUGGGCCAGUAUGGCCAGGAUGGUUUUUGCCCACCAAGAAGUACCGGAUGGCGAUGACACCCUCCCAUUGCAUGCUACUCAAAACCUAUCAUUCUUGAAGAGUCGCACAGCUCACUUAACUCAAGUGGUGCUCAGGGCCCUUGGCCAGGGCUUAACCUGGGUAUGGGGGAGAGUUUCUACAGGCAGCCCCACCCACAGACGUUCCUCUCUGCUGCCCUCCUUCAUGCUUUCUAACCUGGGGACUAAUCCCCCAGACUUUAGAUUGCCCUGCAUGGUUGUCAGGCCUGAUGAUGACCUCCAGGUCUGACUUACCUGUGUCCCCAGCAUCCAGUGAAGGGCCUGGCCUGGACACAGGUGCUCAGAAAUGUGUAAGGGGCAGCUGCCUAAAGAAGUGAUCAUAUUUUCAGCUGGGCGUGGUGGCUCACACCUGUAAUUCCAGCACUUUGGGAGGCCAAGGUGGGCAGAUCGCCUGAGGCUAGGAGUUCAAGACCAGCCUGGCCAACAUGGCGAAACCUCGUCUCUACUAAAAAUACAAAAAAUUAGCCAGGUGUGGUGGUGCAUGCCUGUAGUCCCAGCUACUGUGGAGGCUGAGGCAGUUGGAGGCUGAGGCAGGAGAUCUUGGCAGUGAGCCAAGAUCGUGCCACUGCACUCCAGCUCUGUCUCAAAAAAGAAGAAAAAAAAGGUGAUCAUAUUUUCCCUAGCCACACAGGAUGAGGGAAAAAAGUGAUCAUAUAGCUACCCUUAUUAAGCACCUACUAUGUGCCAAGUAAUUACAUAGUUAACUCCUUUAGCCCUCCCAGCAACCUCUUUAGGUAGAUGAUUUUGUUCCUGUUUUAUAAAUGGAUUAAACUGAGGCUCAGAGAGGUGGAAAAACUCAUCCAAGAUCACACAGCCAGUCAAUGGCAAGGCUCGGACCUGACCCCAGUGCCUGCCUCUGCAACAUCCCCUACCCCCAGCACUGUCUCGGGAGCCUCUAUCUUCCAAAACAAGGGCUAUCAGGGGUGUUGCAGCAGUAAAGCCCCCAGAAGUCAUAGAACUCUUGGUAGGACAGACAUCAGGAUCAUUUGAUACAGUGACUUUCAUUCUGGGAAUCAGAAAGAAAUAUUAGAGCAGGAAACAAAGUUUUAUUGUGAAUAUGCAUGGUGAAAUCACAGCUUCACACAAACCAUUAAAAAAGCCAACGUCCAUCUAAGGCAGAUUGGCUGACAGUUUGCAAGUUUUCCUGCCCAUAUCUAACACCUUUUGUUCAUCUGUUUAGGCUUCUGCAAACAUUUGCCAGAAACUAAGGCAGCAAGUGCUGGGGGCAGGGAAGAGGGCAGGGGCAUUAAGAAGAAUUGACAAGGCCGGGCGCAGUGGCUCACGCCUGUAAUCCCAGCAUUGUGGGAGGCCGAGGUGGGCGGAUCACGAGGUCAGGAGUUCGAGACCAGCCUGACUAACAUGGUGAAACCCCGUCUCUACUAAAAAUACAAAAAUUAGCCAGGCGUGGUGGUGCACACCUUUAAUCUCAGCUACGUGGGAGGCUGAGGCAGGAGAAUCGCUUGAACCAGGGAGACGGAAGUUGCAGUGAGCCGAGAUCAUGCCAUUGCACUCCAGCCUGGGCGAAAGAGCAAGACCCCGUCUCAAAAAAAAAAGAAUUGACAAGAGACAAACUUCAAACUGAGAAGGUUCUACCCACUAAGAUGAUGUGAGUUGGAAAAAUGACCAUCUUGGCCCUGGAGUGGCAGGAGAGCCUUCAGAGCUCCCAUAUGCAGCCUCGGUUCUCUCCUCUCUGCCCCCACUACCCUGCUCAGGGUUCCCUCGGUGCUCAGUGUCUCUCUUCCCUGGACCACGAGCUCCGACAAAGCCAGGUUUAGUCAUCGCUGGUCUCCAGAUCCAGUGCAUCAAUGUGGGUAAUAAGUAGGUGUCAAACAGUGAGCAAAUAGAAGGAGAGGUGUACGCCUUGGUUCACCCUCAACCAAGACGAUUUCUGUUAUCCGAGGGACAGAACAGAACCCAUAUCAGGAGCUUGGUGAUUCAGGUCUGGAAAUGUGCGAAACGCUUCAGUUCAGAUCCUUCCGUGGUAUUCUGAGCUGAACUAGAUCUUCAAGAAGGUGUUCCAGAGACAGAUUGCUCCAAACUGGGUCUGUACACAGAGAGGGGCCUCCUGGCGCGUGCGUUCCCAGAGUGGGUUCGGAGGCGGAAGAGGAACGUGAGAGCGAGUGGGCUCCAUUUUGCACACCAGGCUGGUUUUUAUAGAUGCACAGCUUCUGACUUCACACACUUUGCUGACGGGGACCCCUUACGUCAGGAUAUUUGCUACGUAAACCUUAACAGAAUUGAGAAGACGGAUUCCCUGCGUGGAAGCUAUCUGUACAUGAAGAGAGGGGCUGGGAAGAGUCUUCCGGCUGGGAAUGAGGCAAGGUGGGCUAACAGGAAAAGCAGGCCCUUUGCAGCCUCCCAAACCUGGCUUCUAGUGAUCCUUGCUUAGUCGGUAGCCCUAUGACUCUGGACAAGUCAUUCCCUCUCUGACCCUCUGUGUCCUUAUCUGUGAAAUGAGGGUCACCUAGCAGUGGCAAGGAUUGAAUGAGAAAAGAGGAGAAGGUGCCAUCUCAAACCCAGCACAUAAUAGGUGCUCAACCAAAGUGAGGUUCUUUCGAGGUGGGGUGGGUGGGUGGGUAUUUUGCAGCCCAUAGGAAUUGUAAAAAUGUCAGCGGGAGGCCUCUACUCUCCGAGGCCCCCGGAGCUCUGCCUGACACCACACUCUCUCCUCCUCCACCCCCAGCCUUUCCAGGGCCCAGUCAACCACUUCCCUUCCACAACUACACCCCCCACCUCUGCCUCCUCCACGACUUGGUGUUCUCAUCCCCGGCUCCAGCCUGUCUGCCGCUGCUGGGGCCUGAUGAGACUCUAAUUCAUUAUUUAUUUCCUCACGCGGCGCCUCCUCCACACGCUUUUAAAGCAGUGCUGACUGAACAGGGAAAGUGACUGAACAGUUCCUGGGCACUUAGGGUACAGCAGGCAGCUGGACAGUGUCAUCCCAGUCCUUGCAGUGGGUCCCAUUCUACAGAUGGGGCAACUGAGGCUCAGAGAGGUCAACUGGCUUUCCCAGCCAGGACCACAGAGCUGGGAUUGGACCGCAGGAGUGUUUACCCCAAAGUCCACAAUCUUGCCUCCCACGGCGGUGUGUAUGGUGCUUCUCCAUUGCACGCUAUGGGAGAGUAAUGGGGAGGGGAGUAAUGAUGCACUGGGAAGGCGUUCAUGCUGGUGGAAAAACAGGCAUUUAGCUCCCCCUCCAGUGCGGCUGGCACACAUCCUCCCCAUAUUGUAAGGAAUUAAGAACCAUAAUGAAAAUGUGAGGGAAACACACACGCACCCCUUUUAAAGGUAGACAAGCUGACUUCAUUCUAGUCACAGUGGAAGGCCAAGAAGCUGACGGGGCCCUUGGGAGGAAGUUGCUGGUUGGGAACAGAGGGGCAUUAUCGGAUGACGUCUGAUGAAUGCCACUUCCUGCACUGCCCUCAGACUCACUGGGGCCCAGGUAUUGAACUGUCUUUGUUUUUGUUUCUGGAGCUGUGGCUGCUGCCCAGAGCAGUGGUGCAUGCACUGGCCGAGGUGGCCCUCCCUGGCUCAGCGGUCCUGCUCCCUCAUCCCCCAGGGGGGAAGACCCCACUCCAGGUUGUCUCUGAGCCUUGAGGCCUGGUUGGGAGAUACAAGAGCGUGGCAGUGGCAAGGGACCAAGCCACUCUCAGUCAAUGCCACCACAGUCCUAGGGGGUGAGGAUUAGUCUUCCUUUUUGUCUUUUUUUUUUUUUUUUCUGAGAUGGAGUUUCACUCUUGUUGCCCAGGCCGGAGCGCAGUGGCACGAUCUUGGUUCACUGCAACCUCCACCUUCUGAGUUCAAGCAAUUCUCCUGGCCCAGCCUCCUGAGUAGCUAGGAUUACAGGCACCUGCCACCAUGCUCAGCUAAUUUUUGUAUUUUUAGUAGAGACAGGGUUUCGCCAUGUUGGCCAGGCUGGUCUCGAACUCCCGACCUCAGGUGAUCCACCCGCCUGGGCCUCCCGAAGUGCUGGGAUUACAGGCAUGAGCCACUGCACCCGGCCAGUCUCCCCAUUUUUAAAAGUCAGAAAACUAAGGCACCGGGAGCUAGGGUGGCACAAGAGCACAUGGAUGGGAGGGGUCCAAGCCAAUUCUGCCAGCCUCCAAAGCCCAGGCCCUCUAUGGCAUCACUUUCCAGGUGCAGGGUCUCCAGGCACAGCAACUUAGUGGAGAGGGGCACCUCCUGCCUGCCCUGUCCGGGGUCUCCCCCUUCAGGCCCACCUUUUCAUCAGCACUGCCUUCCCUAUGCCCCCGCUGACACCCCUAAGCGAGUCACCUUUGCCCCUACCUUGGGUGUGGAACUCUGUGCCUUUCCUGAGUAGUCAUUCAUUCCCUCACUCUGGAACCCACCCAUCGGCUCCUCAUUCUUUCUCUCACUCACUCCUUUACUUAUUCAACAAACAGGUCUUGUGCACCUCCCAUGUGGUCAGUUGUGUCUGCUAUCUUCUCUCCCUUGGGCAUUCAGGAAAAUGAGAGUUUUCCCUAUAGGCUUGAGGUGGUGAGAUUCAGGGAGCUCCCUCACUGGCCAAAGGAUGGAACCCACCUCUGGUCUAAGGUGCUUUGCCCCACAGGGAUGUUCUUCAUCACAAACACAUCUUGGCAGUUGCCUGAGGGGACAGGACACCGUGUCUGGGCCUCAGCUACCUGAUCUGUUGAAUGGGUUGCUGUGUAACUUCAGAGGGCCCUUAGAGUGCAUGGGCCCCCGGCAGCCACAAAGAAUCUGCCUGCGGUGCCUGGGACACUCUUGCUGUCCUGUUCUUGUAUGACUCGUCUUGCCCUCUGCUAAAAGUGCCAGAGAGAGAAUGGAAGUUGAGACCCAAAGGCGUGCUCUGGGGAAUAAGUAAUAUUUUACUGAUUUUUCUGGUUAAAGUGGGUCUCAGGUUUAGAAAAUCUCAGAUCUUAGCCACAAGGUUAGAGCCUUCCAGUGAGCUGAAAGAUUAAGAUCAGGUUUCAUUUACUGAGCAUCUACUAGGUGCUAGGUGCUCCAAAUGUGUUUUCAGCAGAGCCACAGGGGUUUUCUCGUUUUAUUUUUAUUUUUAUGUAUUUAUUUUGGCAACAGAAUCUUGCUCUGUCACCUCGGCUGGAGUGCAGUGGCUGAAUCUCGACUCACUGCAACCUCCACUUCUCAGGUUCAAGCAAUUCUCAUGCAUCAGCCUCCCGAGUAGCUGGGAUUACAGGCGCCUGCCACCAUGCCCAGCUAAUUUUUGUAUUUUUAGUAGAAACAGGGUUUCACCAAGUGACCACGCUGGUCGCAAUCUCCUGAGUUCACGUGAUCCUCCUACCUUGGCCUCCCAAAGUGCAAGGAUUGCAGGCAUGAACCACUGCACCUGGCUGGCCUUCCCGUUUUAUAGAUGAAGAAACUGAGGCCCAGGAAUGCUCUCCCAUGGCUAGAAUUAGUAAGUGAUGCCACGAUGCAGCCUCCAAAGGCUGGGUGCUCUCUGCUGCCACGGCGGGAAAGCCGGGUGGACUCCGUAGCCCUCACCUCAUGCCACCCUCACCAUGUCCAACAGGGAGGUGCACACCUUCCAGCCCCAGCUUUGUCCUGGCCUCCCCUGGAAAGGCCCGGCUCUCCUCGCUUCUCUGUGUGAACAGCAACAGGCUGUGGGAACUAAGUGUCACGACUGCAAUUUGCUUUGUUUUCAUUUUCAUUCAUUAGUGUUCCUUCCAGGCCCCAUCCCCACAUCCCAGAGAAAUGCCAAUGACCGUCUUCCCUCCUGCCAGUGGCACCCCUGCCCUCCCCUCUGUGAGUUCCUGAGACCCCGCCAGCAUCUCCUCCAGCUGGAUCCCAUUGUUCCCACAUCCUCCCAGGAAUCCUAAAUGGCAAAGCCUGUCAUCUUGCUGCCGCCCAUGUAGGGCCUGAAUUCCAAGGCAGACACACCCCCUGACACAGCCUGCAUCUCCCCAUGUUCCAGAAGGCAUGGUGACCUUCUAAGACGAGGGACAGCCAUGACCAGCCACUUCCCUGAGCAAGUUCAGGUGUGGGAACGCCCUGGCACUGGGCAUUUCUGAAUCUUUCCAUAUGUCAGAAUCCAGGAAGUGCCAGUCCUGGGAGCGCCAGAACCCUCUCCUGUGACUCUACGUCACCUCAUUCCAGUCACCUCCUACUGACUGCCAGUGUGUCAGGGAGGCCUGAGGGAUGAGAGAUAAAAUAAUGAAAGCAGGGCCGUGGCAAUGUGGGCCUGGCCACUAGAGUUCUCUCAGCAAUUUUUUCUUUUAAAGUCACGGGGCCAGGCAUGGUGGCUCACGCCUAUAAUCGCAGCACUUUGGGAGGCCGAGGCAGGCGGAUCACUUGAGGUCAGGGGUUCGAGACUAUCCUGGCCAACAUGGUGAAACCCCGUCGCUACUAAAAAUACAAAAAUUAGCUGGGCAUGGUGGUGGGCACCUGUAAUCCCAGCUACUUGGGAGGCUGAGGCAGGAGAAUCUCUUGAACUCAGGAGUGGAGGUUGCAGUGAGCCAAGAUCACCCCACUGUACUCCAAUCUGGGCUACAAGAGUGAGACUCAAUCUCAAAAAAAAAAAAAAAAAGACAU